CGACCCUUUCCUCGCACCCUCGCCGACCUACGGUUUUCCCCCUUCAACCUCCAUCUUCCCAUCUUCCUCUUGCGCACUUCCUUGCCCUCCGGCAUCGUGUCGCGUUUCUCAUCGCCCGCUUCCACCCACUCGCCUCUUUGACCCCGCCAAAUCCCUGCCAGCACCACACAAAAAAAAGAGUCUGGCAACGCCUUUGACAUUUUGCCAAGUUCUCACGGCCAGCCUCGCUCCCUCUCAUCUUCCCGACGUUCGCACAGCUUCCGGCUUCUUGACGUUCAUCCGACAUUUUUCAUCUCGGCAACACGCUCUGAUACCACACCUCCACCUCACCCGACCCAUCUCUUCCGUUCCUUCCUCGCCUUUACCUCCCACGCAGCAGUCAUGGCAGCUUCCCAGGAUAUCCUUUCGCCCAAUGGCGGCGACAUCGUCGACUCCAUGGACCAGUUGAAGAUGGACGAGCGACUCGGCCCCGACGGCGAGCUCGCCCCUAAGACGGACGAAGAAUAUGCCCAGGCUCAGCUGACCUUGCGCGCCAUUGUUUCCUCCAAGGAAGCCGGUGUCAUCAUUGGAAAGGGCGGCAAGAACGUCGCUGAUCUCCGUGAUGAGACCGGCGUAAAGGCUGGCGUCAGCAAGGUUGUUCAGGGCGUCCAUGACCGAGUCCUCACCAUCACCGGCGGCUGCGAUGCCAUUUCUCGCGCAUACGCCAUUGUUGCCCGAGCCCUCCUUGAGGGCGCACCCGUCGUCGGUAUGGGUGGUGUCGUCCAGAACAACGGAACUCACCCCAUCAAGCUUCUCAUCUCCCACAACCAAAUGGGCACCAUCAUCGGCCGACAAGGCCUCAAGAUCAAGCAUAUCCAGGACGUUUCCGGCGUCCGCAUGGUUGCGCAAAAGGAUAUGCUGCCCCAGUCUACCGAGCGCAUCGUCGAAGUCCAGGGCACCCCCGAGGGUAUCCAGCGAGCCAUUUGGGAGAUCUCCAAGUGCCUUGUCGAUGAUUGGCAGCGGGGCACCGGCACUGUGCUUUACAACCCUGUCGUCCGAACUCAGUCGUCCGGCUCUGGAAGCCUGGGCGGCUCCGGCUACGGUAACGGCAGCGGUCGUGACUACGGAAGCCCUCGCGUGAUGCGCACUGGCAACGGAGCCGACUUCAGCAACGGCGGCUCGAGGCCAUUCAGCCGUCGCUCUGAUUCCGACGCUGCGACCCGCGGCCCUCCCACUCACGACGAGAACGGUGAGGAGAUCCAGACUCAGAACAUCAGCAUCCCCGCCGACAUGGUUGGAUGUAUCAUUGGCCGUGGCGGCAGCAAGAUUAGCGACAUCCGCAAGACCUCCGGAGCUCGCAUCUCUAUUGCAAAGGCUCCUCACGACGAGACAGGCGAGCGCAUGUUCACCAUCAUGGGCACCGCCAAGGCCAACGAGUCCGCGCUGUUCCUACUCUAUGAAAACCUCGAGGCUGAGAAGAUGCGUCGCAGUCAGAUGCAAGACCAGGAGUAA